UGGUGCCCAAAUAACUGCAACAAUAUUAUCAAGUUCAUAUAUUAUGAGGUUAAUAGAAAAGGAUUAACCUUAAUAUCAGUAAUGAUAUUAUAAAAAAAACACUACAGUUCAGGUGCUGGCACUGGUAUUGAUGGUACUGAUGGGACUAUAGCCCUUCCAACAACUAGUGUGUCAGAAUACAUUUCCAGCAAUGAAUCAGGACUUUGGACUGAAACACUCCUUAGCUCUGACAAAGCUCCACCCUCACCUGACUGACCUGAGACAAACCAGAAAACAGUAUGUCGGUGUGUGUGUGUGUGUGUGUGUCUCUUCAGUACAGAACCACAAACAGACGAUCAGAUCCACCUUCGGACCGAACUAACAACAUCCUCUGAGUGAGUUCAUCUACAGGAGAGAGGAGGAGGAAACUACAACACUGCAGACGCUCCACACACUGAAGCAUCACUCAGAGACAAAAUGGCUUCCAGGUUAGAGGAGGAUCUCUGCUGUCCGGUGUGUCAUGAUGUCUUCAGAGAGCCUGUCGUUCUGUCAUGUAGCCACAGCUUCUGUAAAGACUGUCUGCAGAGCUGGUGGACAGAGAAAGAAAUCAGAGAGUGUCCAGCUUGUAAGAGAAAAUAUUCAAAGGACCAACCACCUUUAAACCUGGUGUUAAAGAAGCUUUGUGAGACCUUCUUACAGGACAGAGAUCAGAGAGCUUCAGAGGAUCUCUGCAGUCGGCACUCUGAGAAACUCAAACUCUUCUGUCUGGACCAUCAGCAGCCGGUGUGUCUCGUCUGCAGAGACUCAGAACAACACACCAACCACAGAUUCAGACCCAUCGAUGAAGCUGCACGACAACACAAGAAGGAACUUCAGGAAACUCUGGAGCCUUUAAAGGAGAAGUUAAAGGUUUUUGAAGAAGUUAAAGUGAAGUUUGAUCAGACAGCAGAACACAUGAAGGUCCAGGCCCGACACACAGAGAGGCAGAUUAAGGAUCAGUUUAAGAAGCUGCACCAGUUUCUAGCAGAGGAAGAGGAGGCCAGGAUGGCUGCACUGAGGGAGGAAGAGGAGCAGAAGAGUCAGAUGAUGAAGGAGAAGAUGGAGGCUCUGAGCAGAGAGAUAGCAGCUCUUUCACACACAGUCAGAGCCACAGAGGAGCAGCUGAGAGCUGAAGACGUCUCAUUCCUGCACAACUACAAGGCUGCAGUGGAAAGAGUCCAGCAGCGCCUCCUGCUGGAGGAUCCACAGCUGCCCUCAGGAGCUCUGAUAGACCAGGCCAAACACCUGGGCAACCUGAGCUUCAACAUCUGGAACAAGAUGAAGGACAUGGUCUCCUACACUCCUGUGGUUCUGGACCCAAACACUGCUCAUCCAAACCUCAUUCUGUCUGAAGAUCUGAGCAGUGUGAGAAAUGGAGAUAUACAGAAGCUUCCUGAUAAUCCAGAGAGAUUUAAUCGUCAAAGGUCUGUCCUGGGCUCUGAGGGCUUUAACUCAGGGACUCACAGCUGGGACGUCGAGGUUGGAAACAGCACAGUCUGGGCACUGGGUGUGUGUGCAGAGUUUGUCCAGAGAACGGGAUUCAUACAGUCUGGAAUCUGGGUAAUCUUUUUAAGCAAAGGUGAAUACUUUGUGGGGUCAGGAUCAGCUCCACCCACUGGUCUUGUAGUGCAGAAGAAGCUCCAGAGGAUCGGAGUGAAUCUUGACUGGAACAAAGGAAAGCUGUCGUUCUCUGAUCCUGAUACUGACACACACCUACACACCUUCACACACACUUUCACUGAGAAGAUGUUUCCAUACAUUUGUCUUGGGGAUAAACUCCCAGUUAAGAUGUCACCCCUGAAGGUGUGUGUGACAGUGAAACAGAGCCUUUAAAAAAGUAUUUCAUCUCUGGAAAGACGGCCCUUAAAUAAAACUGUCUCUCUCUGCAGUAGAAAGACAAAUAGUUUUGAACUUGAUGCUUAAAGUGAGAGGGCUGUGGUGUUCACUUCUACUCAACAGGUGGAAAUACUACAACACCGAGAGUGCACAGCGCUGGACCGGAUUAGACGGGCUUGGUUUUGACGCAGAGAAAGUUCUGAAAGAGGAGACAGUGAGGCGGCUGAAUGCUAAUGAACAAUAUUGUGUUGCAGCUGAACGGUGAAAAAAUAUAAUGUCUACAAGGUUGUUUCUUUAAAGUUGUUAUUGAAGACAGUCAGGCUCUAAAUGUGGUGUUCCAUCUCCUCCUUCCAUGAAAUUCACACCACAACACCACUGUUGUCCCAAUCACCUAACUUUACUAACACUAGCGAGCUAACAUUAAUCUUUUUUCACUCAAUCUGGCAACUACCAAGACUGUUGAUCAGUGACGACACACAGACACCACGUGAUACAAACUGUGUGAUGCUAUCGCAUGACAAACCUCAUUAGAAGCUGAACCAACUGUCAGAAUUCUGACACAGAGAUAAACAGAACAAUUCAUUUGGACCUGACAAACAUUUUAAAACCAUUUACUCACAAUCAUAAUAAUAUUUUUAAGGGAACAAGAGACUUUUAUUCUGCAGGGUUAGUUCUACAAGCUCUGUAGAUGUUUUAUUUCAAAAAUUAUUUGUCAACAUAAAAAUGUUGUCAACAUGUUGUUUGAAUUAAAAUUUACAGAAUUCAACCUGUUAAUCUUCACCUGCUUCUCCUGCUGUCUCAGUAUUCACAAAACAUUGAUGUUUUUCUGUUGUUCUUUUAGUUUGACAGUUUGAUUUGUGUUUCUAUUGUCGAUCUUUUCACGAGUAAAAUAAUUUCUUAGUUUCUGAUCUCAAAGUAAUGUGUGUAUGUGUGCAAGUCUCCUCAUAGUAAUUUCUUUAACAAAGAUAAACAAACACAUGGUAAUAUUGUGGUAAAAUAUCUUAAAAGAAGCUUUUCUAUUCCAUUUUGGUUUUUCAAAAUUACCAGAAACAGAGGUCCCCUCUUAUACAGUGAAGGGAUGUAGUGCCUUGUUGGCCACAUUGACGUGAGUGUGUGUGUGUGUGUGUGUGUGUGUGUGUGUGUGUGUGUGUGUGUGUGUGAGACCAUGAAAAACCAUAUAAAAGAUGGUCAAAAAUAAACAGCUCAAAUAACAACUGCAUGUUUUGUUGUUCAGAUCCAAAAACUUUAUAAUCUGAACUAGAAUCAGAAAUAAAGGUUAAAAAAAUAAAAUCAAAAUUUUACGACAUUUGAAAUCUUUAUAAUGUAAUAAAUAUACGAAAUGAUUCAAA